AUGCCGGUUGCUAGAGAGGGCUGGGGUCACUUCCCACCUGUCUUACGUGAGGGUUUGCAAGCUGCUUAUGGACAUCCGCUUGUUGCUUGGGAGCUCCUUGAUAGCGACGAGGGGCUGGAGGAUUUAUUGGCGGCUGCAAAUCUUUCAGAUCCAGAGGUUACUUCGGCAUGCCGUGAUGCGUUGCGGAAGCUUCGGGAUACUGGAGCAGGGGCCAAGAGACAAGCAUACUUCCGGCAAUGCACCCUCAUGCGGUGCCCCAGGCUGCCGGGUUCGUCUGAUGAGCUACGAAUUAUGCAAGACUGUUUUCAGGACAUUUCUUCGGUGGUAGGACAAGUCCAGAAGAAUCGCCGUCGAAGUCACCUGGGCAUGUCCCUCCAGGCGGGCAUAGAUGAUCCUGAACAGCUGGAGCAAAAGGAACGUGGUAGGUGGCAGCAUGUUCUGGCAGGUUAUAUUGAGGAGGCUGAUCUUCCUGUUAUGGAGCUCAUUCGUUCAAGUGAGACACCCUCUCAGGUCUGGUCCAGGAUUUUUGGUAGCCGCCGUGCCAAGACACUGAGGAAUCGGGCUAAAACUUGGAAGGGUUUUCAUUUGUGGCUUACGUUGGUGAAGAGAACCUCCUGGCCUCAGAGUGUACUGGAUGUUACAGAUUAUCUGGAGCAUCGUAUUGCCGAAGGAUGUGGUGUCAGUGUCCCUAGGGAUGUACUCUCUUCACUGUCUCUGCUGGAGAACGUGGGAAGGAUUGCAGGGGACGGCCGUCUCGGAUCGGAUCCCACACUGAACGAUAUGGCUAAGGCAAUGGGGGAGGAGCUGGAGAGAGGCGCGCCGCCCAAGAAACCAGCUAAGUUGUGCACUGUUGCAAUGCUUAUCUCCAUGGAAUUGCUUGUUAUCGACGAUGAAGCGGCGCCCUUCAUGCGCAUUCUGGCAUGGGUCGGGCUGCUUAUGCAUUGGGGAACCCUUCGUACUGAUGACGUGCAAUGGUUGGAUGUCUGCCGCAUGGUCUUCACGGAUAAUGGGCUCACUCUUGUUUUGAGGCGCUCCAAGACGACGGGGCCCGGGAAGAAGGCUAGGGAGGUUCCGGUCUUUAUUCUCCGGACCCUCUCCCUGUCUGGUCAUGAUUGGCUUCGUGUAGGAUUGGAGCUAUUUCAGCAGCCAGCGUUUUACUGGGAACGCCCCUACUUUGUGGCUGCACCCACUAAGGACUAUUCAGGAUGUGUCCGAAAGUUUCUCAAGCCAGAGCAGCUCUCAUUGCACCUUAGGGGCUUGUACACGCAUUUGCUGGGGCCACGUUUCGAUGGCUCAGUCUGGAAGGCUGAUGAUUUCUAUUUGGUUCCUGUGGAUGUUCAGAGUUUCUGGAGUGGGCAUUCUGCCCGCCACUGGCUACCUUCCUGGGGUACAGCGCUGGGGGUUCCGAAGUGCGACCUGGACUAUUUAGGCCGGUGGCAGGCAGGAGCGCAUCAGAGCAUGGAGUACGUCGUUAAGGCACGGGAGGUUGUCUAUCGUGUCCAGAAGCGUGUGAAUGAAGCACUCUGCCUGGGACACGAGUCUGUUAGUGAGCUCGAACUUUUCGAGGAUCUCAAGCGGUACUGUGCCGACCGAGGUGUGAGUUCUUUGCGAGGGGUGACAGGUCAUCAAAUCUGGCGAAGGUCUGAUGCAGGGCACUUGGCUCUCUUGACACGCUUCCCACUGCUUAUUGCUACCCUGGCAGUCGAUGAUAGAGCUGAGGCAGCGUUGGUAGCCGGCUCAGAACCUGUGUCAAAUCAGGAGGGCCGCUUCUGGUAUUCGAUUUCCAGGCGCACGGGCUUCAGGCGUUUGCACCUUACCAACGGGUGCGGUGUGCUUCCAUGGUCGGUGCACGAAGCAGUUUUCGUUGCUUCGGUAGAGGAGGCCAAGGCAGAUGCAUGGUGUAAGAUUUGCCAGAGAAAGAUCGCAGAGGAAGGAGGCUCUGCUUCCUCCUCCUCUGGUAGCUCCAGUAGCACGGCUACGGAGGAGAGUGAAGGGGCUGCUGAGGAGGGCAAUCUUCAGGAUGGGCCGCCUUCCUUUGAGUGA